CAUUAAAUAAACAGUGCAGUGCGUCAAAUUUUAUCGUCUGCCCAAAAAUAUGUUAAAUACUUUGGGCGCUGUCGGUAUAAAAGAUAUGUGCGGUGAAGAGUUAAAGAGACAUCAGGGUGAUUUGAAAGUGUUAGAUCAGCCGCGAAUCUCUGGACUUUGCGACAAUAAUUUGGCCGGUAUUAGUGGUCCUCUGAGCAACAGUAGUUCGAACGAUGGCGAGAAACCGUCGAAGCAGAAAAGGCAUCGGACCCGCUUCACUCCAGCUCAGCUCAAUGAGUUGGAGCGAUGCUUCUCCAAGACGCACUAUCCGGACAUUUUCAUGAGGGAGGAAAUCGCUAUGAGGAUAGGCUUGACUGAGUCGCGAGUACAAGUUUGGUUCCAAAAUCGUCGAGCCAAGUGGAAAAAGCGCAAGAAGACAACAAACGUAUUCCGAACACCUGGAGCCCUUUUGCCCUCGCACGGUUUACCGCCCUUUGGGGCAAUGGGGGAGAAUUUAUGCGGAAGAACCAUGUUUGGCACCAGUGACUCUGGAUGGGGAAUGGCCACAGGUCUGUCCCAAUUGGGUCAAGGUACAGUAACAAUGGGCAGUUUUGGGCAAACUCUGGGCCAAUUGAAUCAAAGCAGUAGUUUAAGUUCGACGUUGCCGAUAAGCAGCUCGACAGCCAGUACCGUUUACCAGGCCCACUAUGGACUGAACUCCUUAGGUGAUAGCAUGAUGACGUACUGUAAUAACGGUGGCGGCGGCGGAGGCGGCGGCGGGGGCAAUGUAGGAGGCGGUGGAGGAGGCGGCGGCUCUCCACCCCCGCAGAUCUCGUGUUCGAACGCCGUCACUCCACCAGUGUCGUCAGGCGCCUCCCCAAGCGGAGGGGAGCAGGAUGAGGAGGUUUGGCGUGGCCACAGUAUUGCUGCGCUUCGACGUCGAGCUUCCGAACUUAAUGCCGCUAUCCCUUCUUACCUACAAAUCAACUAUGACACACACAAUAAUGCAUCCGUUUAUUAAAUUUUUCCUUUGCAGCAUUCCGGUUAUUAAUAAAUAAAAAUGAUUCAUGGUCAGAUUGGUUGAAGAAUCGCCUCUGUGCAUGUUGGACGCGUAAGCAAUGCCCAUUCCCUCUCACUUUCUAACUGCAAAUUCAACUUUCUAUUCUAAGAUUGUGCUCAUUUUAAGUUCAAUAAAUGGGGAAAAGAAGACUUAAGUCUGUCCUCUAACUUCAAAGAACCGAUUUUAAUAGAAUUUUGUUGCUCAUUUUCUUCCGAAAUAAUUGUCUUUUUAAUUGUUUUAAAAUUCUGAAAUUUUUUGCGAUUCUAGAGUGCUAAAAUACAUUUUGCUACUGCGAAAUUUUUUGCCAGGAUUCUCCAAGGAACAUUGACAUUUGAGGCUAUUUUUAUUGGAUUUCAUAAUUUGCCUUUGUAUGACACACAUUUUACUUUACAUUGGGGUUAAAUGGGAAAGUUAGUUUGCUGCUACCCGGUAGUGCUUAAUUGCGUCUCGAUAAUAGAAUUAAGCAAGAAAAAGCAGUCUGUGCCAAAAUCGGAACAUUUGACGGAAAUUUGGAGGCUUUAUUCGCGUUGGAAAUUUCCGCUCCCGUAACAGUCUGUACAAAACCUCCGAUUUUCCCCCUUGGUUGAGCGAGAAAUAUUUUUGUGGAACACUCAGUAUAUUUGCGCAUGUAGUUCGUUCGUAUGCAACGGCCGGUUAAGAUUAAUUUUCAAAUUCGAACAUUUUUUAUACCGAAACUUUCCAUCCGGUGAAUCCAUUGGAAUUUCACGUUUAAUUUUUUGCGUCGAAACGAAGCCCCCGACCAGGGAACCCUUUUUUUGCUAAAAAUCUGGGCGCGCUAACAGAUAUUUAUUUAGUGCAAUUUGUCCGUUUGCAGCCUUCCGUUUAUUAAUAAAUACAAAUAAUUUAUGGUCACAUUGGUGAAGGAACCAUUUCUGUGCAUGUUGUACGCGUAGCUUUCAUUUUAUCAGUUUAAAUGUCUAUUUUAUUUUCAUAUUCACGUUCUAAACUGGCAAAAAGUUUGUUCUAUAGAGGUAUGAAAAGUUGCAGAUUUUUUUUAAUAGAAACGUCUUACAAGAAUGUGGCCGUCGUAUUAAAAUCUGGCUUUAUUUCGAUGUAAUGCGAUGUUUUUCUACAUCAAUUUUAGUUUAAAAAAAAGACAAAUUGAUAGUUUUUUUAUCACAUCUAAGUCAAUUGUGCUCAUUUGAAGUCAAAGGAAUAAGGAAUAGAGGCUCGAGUCGCUCCUAUAUUUUCAAGAAACAAGAAAGCAAAAAUGUGUUGAAAUAACAGAAAAUUAUGCGAACCCAGAACGCUAAAGAUCAUUUUUCAACGGUGGAUUUUUUGCCAGUAUUUUCCGGAAAAAAAUUAUUUUUUUAGGCCAUUUUAGUUGAAUUUCAUAAUUUGUUUUUGUACGACACACAUUUUACUUUACAUGAUGUUAAAUGGGAAGGUGCGUUGUGUGUUGCCUGGAUUGUGCUCAACUGGAUCUUGAUCUGUAAAAUUCAGCGAAAAAACGUUGUCUGUGUAAAAAUCGGCUCAAUUGAUGAGGAUUUCAGGGUUUUUUUAACUUUUGAAAUUCCGAACCCAUAAGAACGCAUUCCAAACUUUCGAUUUUCCCCCUUGGCUCAGUGAAAGACGUUUUUGUGGAACACUCAAUAUCUUUGGGUCUGUAGUUUAUUGGUAUGCAACAACCAGUUAAGAUAAAUUUUCAAAUUUUUUUUACCGAAACAUAUCCGAUUAAUUCGUUGGAAUUUGACUCGAAAAUCACGCACUAAUUUUUAUCGCGUGAACGAAACCUCCCAUCAAUAAAGUCAUUCCUAAUAAAAAAUUUGCAGUCGCAGCCGGUUUCUAGACCAAAAUCGCAGUAUGUAUGGUUUUCGAGGUAACGACAAAAACAUUUAGUCUUUAAAAAAAUUUGCAAAUGAGCAGAGCUGAAUGUAUGCGAUAGAGCUGAAAAAAUGGAUAAUUAAUAUGAGAAAUUCACUUGGCAGCGCUGGAAAAGUCCAAAUAAAUUAACUGCGCUAUGGAUUAUGUUUUGAGAAAUUUGGAAAAUCAGACCUCAGUGUCUUUCUCACCAAAAUUGCAUGGGGUUUAAAUAGGGAUUUCCAUUUAAAGCCCCGUUAUCAUCAAAUCCAUUGAAAUAGACGAUAUAUAAUUUUUGGUGAAUGAAUUCACCCUGCUCGGCAGUACUUUAACGGUCUAAAAAUCAUAAUUUUUGCUGCCAAAAGAUUGCGAAAAUGUGCCAUCAUCAAAGAUCAAAGAAGAACCAAAGAGUUACUGGUUAGAAUUUCCAAAAUUUUGCUUCAAAAAAUCUAAUAUCUUUUCUACAGUAAAAACAGCCAAAAAUUGUGAACUCGUCAGUGCCAAUGUGUAUCAAUUUUUUUAUAAUAACUUCGGUUUAACGGUUUUACAUCUGCUUUAUGCAAAAGAUGCCCCGAGCCUAGAAAAAAUUAAUAAUGAGAACAAUCCCAGUUAUUUUUCAUAAUUUUCGUUUUGAAUCCACUGGGAAUGGGUAUGAAGUGAAAGUCUAUGUUGUAAUUGUGUUUUUCCAGUGUAUAAAUUACAUAAAACCCCACACUACCCAAUCAAAAUCAAGACAAUUCCUCUCUUGAAUGUUCCGACUUUUCUGUAUAGAUGUAAAUAUUUUGAUGGAAUCAACCGAACUAGCGGUAUUUUAUAUGCAUGGUUUUCUAAAAAAAUGUGCCCACUAUUCAAGCUGAAACCAUCAUUAUCUUACAGAACAUUUUCUUAGAAACCCAUUUCUAGACCUGUUGUAUACGUAUUAUUAUGCCAUAUUGGUUAUAGAACUAAAGGAGAAAAAAUUAACUAAACACACUGUAUACAUUCGUUUAACGUGAAUGUGCUCUUUAUGAAGUAUACGAUUUAAACUUAGUUUGUACAAAUAUUGCAAUGAUAGCUUAUAGGGGCCCUAGAUUAUAGAUAUGUAUGUAUUUUAUUAUAUUAAAAAUUGAUAGAGUUGUAUCAAAUGUGUUCUUUUAAGCGGACUUGUGGUAACAAUAAAAAAACGUUUUGUAAACUA